AUGCUUUCCAUCCGUACUUCUCUUAACAAGAUCCCACGCACGCAGCUUAAGCUCUGUGUCAGAUCUCUCUCCAAGAUUGCUCUUCCAGCAGUUCCAACUGCCCAUGCUAAGCCAGGCUUCGAGCCUUACUUCACCGCCUCCUACAUCAACGGUCAGGCUGUGAAGUCCGACUCCAAGGAGUGGUUCGACGUCUACGACCCAGCCACCGACGUUGUCAUUGCCAAGGUCCCACAGUCCACCGAGGCGGAGAUGGACGAGGCCAUCGACGCUGCUGAGAAGGCUUUCCAGUCUUUCAAGAAGUUGAGUGUCAUCAAGCGUAUGGAGCUCACUUUCAAGUACGUUGAGUUGCUGAAGGCCAAGACCAACGAAUUGGCUGCUACCAUUGUCUUUGAGCAGGGUAAGGCCUGGUCUGCUGCCAUUGCCGAUGUCUACCGUGGCAUUCAAUGUGCUGAACACGCUUGUAACGUCUUGAAGGAGACCGAGAUGGUUGGUUUGGAAGUUUCCACCGAUAUGGAGACCAAGACAGUCAGAGAGCCAAUUGGUGUUGUCGGCUCCAUCAUGCCAUUCAACUUCCCAGUGAUGAUUCCAUUGUGGACCAUCCCUUACAUCAUUGCCACUGGUAACACCACUGUCAUCAAGCCAUCCGAGUUCUGUCCAGGUACUGGUGCCCUCCUCGCUGAGAUCGCCAAGGAGGCUGGUGUCCCAGACGGUGUCAUCAACAUCAUCCACGGUAAGGCUCCAACUGUCACCAAGUUGGCCUCCGACCCACGUAUCGCUGCUGUCACUUUCGUUGGUGGUAACAACGCUGGUAAGUACGUGCACCAAACAGCUACCAAGCACCAGAAGCGUGUCCAAUGUAACUUGGGUGCUAAGAACCACGUUGUCGUCUUGCCAGAUGCCGACAAGGAUGCUGUCCUCAAGGGUGUUGUCAGUGGUGCUUUCUCCUCCACUGGUCAGGUCUGUCUCUCCACUGAUAUCCUCUUCCUCGUCGGUGAGGCCCGUGAGAUGAUUCCAGAUAUCGUCGAGACCGUCAAGCAAUUGAAGGCUGCUCCAGGUUUCGAAGAUGGUGACUUCGGUCCAGUCGUCUCUAAGCAAUCUCUCGAGAGAAUUGAGGCUGUCAUUGCCGAUGCUGAGGCCAAGGGUGCCGAGGUGCUCGUCGAUGGUCGUUUGAACAAGCCAUCUGGUGAGGAGUUCAAGAACGGUUACUUCAUCGGCCCAACCGUCCUUAAGGGUGUCAAGAAGGGUAUGAGAUGUGUCGAUGAGGAACUUUUCGGUCCUAUCUUCACCAUCGUCGAGGUCCCAACCAUGGAGUACACCAUUGACUACAUCAACAAGAACGAGUUCGGUAACUCCGUUGCUGUCUUCACCCAGUCCGGUCCAGCUGCCAACAAGUUCACUAAGGAGAUCAACGUCAACCAGGUCGGUGUCAACGUUUCCGUCCCAAUCCCACACGCCGCCUUCGGUUUCACCUCCAACAAGAACUCCUUCUUGGGUGACCUCCACUUCUACGGUCCAACUGCCUUCAAGUUCCUCACCCACCCAAAGACCAUCACCACCAGCUGGAAGAACAUGGAGCACCACCCAUAA